GACUUUCUCGCUUGCCGUCGGUCGUUCCCGGAAGUGCUUUUAUAACUUGCUUACGGCUCUGCAGUUUGUGUUUGACAGCAUCCUGGGUUCAAGCCGAGAUUUUUUCCUGCACGACGUGGACCGAAAUCUUCAUUAAAAUGUCUGGAGGGGCCCGUUUGGAAAAUGCCAACCCGGUGAUCUUCCAACGGUCCGGGGAGAGGCUGCUCACCGCCUCGGAGGAGGACGAAGAUGUUCACGAUCCCAUCGACGACAGAGAAAUAUUCGAUCUGAUUAGAUCCAUCAAUGACCCAGAGCAUCCUCUGUCUCUGGAGGAGCUCAAUGUCGUGGAACAAAUACGAGUCCAGGUCGAUGAUGCAGGAAACACUGUAGGUGUUGAGUUCACUCCCACCAUCCCUCACUGCAGCAUGGCGACACUCAUCGGUCUGUCAAUCAAAGUCAAGCUGCUGCGCUCACUGCCGGACCGAUUCAAAAUCGAUGUUCAUAUCACUCCUGGAACUCACGCCUCAGAGGAAGCAGUGAACAAACAGCUGGCGGACAAAGAGCGAGUGGCAGCAGCUCUGGAGAACUCAUCUUUGCUGGAGGUGGUGAACCAGUGUUUGUCCACGAGAACCAUCUGACCUCAGCUCUGCCGUCUCCUGCUUUCCGCUGCUGAUUUCUGCUGCAGAACUCUCAACAAUGAGACAUGCUUGACUCUUUCUUUGACAGCUGAGAUGAAGCUUCGUGUCCAGCCAUGAAUAGAUGCAACUGGUAGACAGUGAUGUAGCAAAGAAACAGAUAGGAGAGUCCAGAUAUUUCCAGUGUUUUCUGAAGAAAUUUACAGGAAAACCCAGUGUGUACCUAAAGAGAAUAAUGCAAACUCUAUGUGGAGUCUUUAGGCAGAAAAAUGUCGACAAUUCAGAGAAAUUGUUCUUCUGUUUAUACACUUCAGAGAUGUGAGAAAAUGAGAAAACUGCCUCGGUUAGUACCUAUUUAAUUAAUAUGAUGAAAUUUGCAUUGUUACAUAUGAAGUAAAUUUUUAAGAGAAAAAUAUUUAGAGAUUCUGCCACAAGAAUUGCAACUUGUACAGUCGUUGACAAAAGUAUUGGCACCCCUGGAAUUUUUCCAGAAAAUACACCAUUUCUCCCAGAAACUGUAGCAAUUACAAAUUUUUUUGGUAUACAUGUGUUUAUUUCCUUGAUGUGCAUUGGAAAAACACAAAAAAGCAGGAGAGAAAAAGCCAAAAUUGACAUCAUUUUACACAAAACUCAAAAAAUGGGCUGUCGGUAAAUCAGAUUAUUUCAAACUCACUUGUGGCAAUUAACAGGUGCUGGUAAUAUAGAAAUUACACCUGAAGCUAGUUAGAAUGUAUAAAAGUUGACUCAGUGUUUGGAUUGUGUGCCUAUGUGUGUCAUACCAAGCACAGAGAAGAGAAAGAAGAGCCCAGAAUUGUCUGAGGACUUACAAAGCAAAAUUGUGGAAAAAUAUGAACAAUCUCAAGGUUACAAACCCAUCUCUAAAGAUCUUGAAGUUCCUUUGUCCACUGUGUGUAAUAUAAUCAAGAAGAUAAUAACCCAUGGAACUUUGACUAAUCUCCUUGGAUGGGGACAGAAGAGAAAAAAAUGAUGAAAGAAUGCAACACAGGAUAAUUCCAAUGGUAGAUAAACAUCCUCAAUCAACUUCAACACAAAUUCAGGCUGUCCUGCAGACUCAGAGUGCUAAAGUGUCAGCUCAGACCAUAUGUUGUUAUCUGAAUGAGAAGAAGCGCUAUGGCAGGAGACGGAAGAGAACCCCACUGCUGACAAAGUGACAAAAAAAUAGCCAGAUUGGAGUUUGCAAAAAUGUACCUGAGUACAAAGAAUAAAAAAAUAUACAGAAUAUAUCUAGAAUUAAAAAUAUAUAUAAGAAUAAAAAAUAUACACAAUAUAUUUCCUUUGCGCCACGCAAAUCGUGUCCUUUUCCACAGUGUUAGCUGAUCUCUUCCAACCCCACAGUGUUUGGAAUAGCAUCCCCAUCUUCCAAGCAUCAAUCCCUCUGGGAGAAUGUUUUGUUGACAGGUGAGACUAAAGUAGAGCGUUUUGGAAAAGCACGUCCUGCUGUUCACAGAAAACAGAAUGAGGCCUACAAAGAAACGAACACAGUACCUACAGUCAAACAUGGUGGAGGUUUAAAAAUCUUUUGAGGUUUUGCAGCCUCUGGCACUGGGUGCCUUGAUUGUGUGCACGGAAUCAUGAAAUCUGGAGACGAUCAAAAUAUUGUGGGCCCUCGUGUCAGAAAGCGAGUUCUGCGUCUUGGGUGUUCCAGCAGAACAAUGACCCGAAACAUAAUUCAAAUAGCACCAAAAAUGGUUGGAGGCAAAGCGCUGGAGAGUUCUGAGGUGGACAGGAAUGAGUCUGGAUCUAAAUCCCACUGAACACCUAUGGAGCGAUCUCAAGAAGGCACCCCUCAAAUGUGACAGACCUGGAGCAGUUUGCAAAAGAAUAGUGGUCCAAAAUUCCAUUUGAGAGGUGUAAGAAGAUUGCUGAUGGUUAUAGGAAGCAAUUGGUUCCAGUUAUUUCUUCAAAGGGGUGUGCAACCAAAUAUUGAGUUGAGGUUGUCAACAAUUUUGUCCAGCCCAUUUUUUGAAUUUUGUGUAAAAUGUCAAUUUUGGCUUUUUUCUUCAGAUUUUUUUUGUGUGUGUGUUUUUAAAUGCACGUCAAGGAAUUAACACAUGUAUACCAAAAACAUUUGUAAGUGCAACAACUUCUGGGAGAAAUGGUGUAUUUUCUUGAAAAAUUCCAUUGGUGCCAACACUUUCGUCCAUGACUCUGUGAUAUUAAUGCUGAAGUUUUAAUAAAAAUGUACAGAUAAUGA